GAUCCAGGCACUGCAUGUGUGUAGGAAAGGCCCUCUGAGCAUGCCCUGCAAGAGGACAGCCAUCUGUAAGACACAGGCAAGGCCUCCUGGGAGCCUGGCCAUGAUGCGGUGCAUCCAGCCUUUAGGACUACAAGAGAUACAUGUCUGUGCAUAAGCCUUCAAUACACAGGAAAACUUCCAGACUGUGUCAUAUUGAUGUUCCAACCUGCAGGAAGCUGAGGCGAGAGGAUCACCACAAGUUUGAGGCUUGCUUGAGCUAUGUUGUGAAUUCCAGGCCAGCCCAAACUACAUAAUGAGGACUUGUCUCAAAAGCAAAAGCAAAAACAAACGAACAAAAAAACACAUGCCCAAGAAAACCAAGCUUGCUCAUAGAGGGGAACUGGAGAUGGCCUCUAAUCGUCACUCUUCUCACCUGAACUUCCCAAGUAUCUCUGGUAUGGUUUGGACAAGUGUCCCCCAAAGGCCCAUGUGUUGAUGGCUUGAUUCCCAGGGUAGGAAUACUAGGAAGCAGUAGAAUCUUUAAGAAGUGGAGCCCGGCGGCGACCCCACGCCAACCGACCAGCCCAGCGUGCUGGCGGCGGUUUGCGUCGUUGGUCCCCGAGACUUAAGAUCGACUUCUGAAGAGCCGAAGGGGAGCUGCAGCCAUGAAUGAAGAAAACAUGGAUGGAACAAAUGGAUGCAGCGAAGUUCGAACUGGUAUUCAGAAUGAAGCGGCCCUGCUCGCAUUGAUGGAGAAGACGGGGUACAACAUGGUUCAAGAAAACGGACAAAGGAAAUUUGGGGGUCCUCCUCCGGGUUGGGAAGGUCCACCUCCACCAAGGGGGUGUGAGGUUUUUGUAGGAAAAAUACCUCGAGAUAUGUAUGAAGAUGAGUUAGUAUUUGAAAGAGCUGGGAAGAUACAUGAAUUUCGACUUAUGAUGGAAUUUAGUGGUGAAAAUAGAGGUUAUGCUUUUGUGACGUAUACUACGAAAGAAGAAGCCCAAUUGGCUAUUAGAAUUCUUAAUAAUUAUGAGAUUCGGCCAGGGAAGUUUAUUGGUGUCUGUGUGAGCUUGGAUAAUUGCAGAUUAUUUAUUGGAGCUAUUCCCAAGGAAAAGAAGAAAGAAGAAAUUUUGGAUGAAAUUAAGAAGGUUACAGAAGGAGUUGUAGAUGUCAUUGUUUAUCCAAGUGCAACUGAUAAGACCAAAAAUCGUGGUUUUGCUUUUGUUAAGUAUGAAUCUCACAGAGCCGCUGCUAUGGCUAGGAGAAAACUAAUUCCAGGUACGUUCCAACUGUGGGGCCAUACCAUUCAGGUGGAUUGGGCUGAUCCAGAGAAAGAAGUUGAUGGGGAAACUAUGCAGAGAGUUAAAGUUCUCUUUGUAAGAAAUUUAAUGAUCUCAACUACAGAGGAAACAAUUAAAGCAGAAUUUAAUAAAUUCAAACCAGGUGCCGUUGAACGAGUAAAAAAACUUAGAGAUUAUGCUUUUGUUCACUUUUUCAACCGAGAAGAUGCAGUGGCUGCUAUGUCUGUGAUAAGUGGGAAAUGCAUCGAUGGAGCAAGUAUUGAGGUAACACUUGCAAAACCAGUAAAUAAAGAGAGCACCUGGAGGCAGCAUCUUAAUGGUCAGAUGAGCCCCAGUCCUGAAAACCUGACUGUGUACGCUAACAAAGAAGACAGGCUAGGCAAAAGUCUAGGCAAGACACCAACUCUUUCUGCUCGUCUCAAUGGUCAGCACAGCCCAAGCCCCCCUGAAAUUGAAAGAUGCACUUACCCUUUCUUCCCUGGGACAAAGCUUACUCCAAUUAGUAUGUAUUCCUUGCAAUCCAGUCAUUUUAAUUCUGCAGUAAUGCACUUGGAUUAUUACUGCAACAAAAAUAAUUGGGCACCACCAGAGUAUGACUUGUAUUCAGCAACCAGUCAGGAGGGGAAAGUACUCCUGGUAUACAAAAUAGUUAUUCCUGCUAUUGCAAAUGGGUCCCAGAGUUACUUCGUGCCAGACAAACUCUGUACUAUGAUUGAAGAUGCAAAGGAACUGGUAGCCCAGUUUACAUUGCUUCAUUUGGACAGGGAACACAGUUUCUUCAGCCUGGACCUGUGUAGAAGAAUUUGGAGAAAAUAAGCAGGUCCUUUUUGAUGUUGCUUGAGCUUAUUCUCCUGCAGUUGAUCUCAUUCCCGUUGGCUAAACAUAAGUUCCAUGACAGCACUAAGUUAAUGUGCCUGUGUUAGAGGCCUCAUUUAUGAUACCAGGACCGUACUGCAGAGAACAUAACUCUCUACCUGUCCGUUAAAUGACCUAACUCCUCUCCUCUUAUUCCUAGAAACACUAUAACCUUAACAUACCCAUUAUAUGUUACCAUAAUUUGACUAAAGAACAUAGUUGAGUUUUUGGAAAAUAUAAGAUUUACCAAUUUGGUCUUUAAUACACACAUAAUUAUUAGUUAACAAAGCAGGAAAUUAUUGGUAUAUAUGAUGAAUGUAUACUGAGGAACAGUAUUUCAAAUAGAAUUAUUUUUUAAUUUGGUUUAAUUUUUGGAUAUUUUUCUAUACUAUAAGUUGAUAAUGGUUUCUUAAAGUUUAUUUUAUGAGGACGAUUCAUUUUAUUGUUUUAUGGUACCAGUAGGACUAUUAAAUUGGUAUGUGGAGUUUUAUAAAUGUUCCUAUUAGCUUUAAAUAAUGAAAUAUUGGAAGUUAGUUUAUGCCAUAUGUUUCUAAAGUGCAGGGGUAAUAUUUCUGCUGUUUGAUAAUUAAUACAGUUUUUAAAAAAGCAACUAUGAAUUGUUGUUUUUUUAUCUUUUCUUCAUGAAUUACCCCUUAUUGCUAGAACCAAAUUUAAAAGAAGCUUUUUUGUGGAGCGCAGACAAAUCAGAGAUUUUCUUUUUCUAUGUUUCUUUUUCUAUGUUAUUAUCUUUUUCUAUGUCAAGAAUGCAAUCUGUUAAGAUCUCUGAAGCAUUGUGUCAGUGAAGGAAAGCAUUAAAUUCUGACUUGGUAAAACUAUUAGGAUUUGCAUUGCAGUGACCUUGGAAGUAAUCUUUACCACUGAUAGGGUAUCAUCAGGAUCUUAAAUGUUAAACAUUAUGUUAAAAUGUGAUUAUAGUUUUAAUGCUUUGUCUCUUUGAAUUAAAUUUGUGUCCAUAAAGAUGUGCAGUGUAAUUGUUCAUGUAUUUAUUUACAGACUGCAGUUUCCGUCGCAGCUCAAUAAAUAGUCUUUCCCCUGUUAGUGCUACUACCCUCUCUUCUGGGAUUCCCAGCAUGCUUCCUUACACUUCAAGGCCUUACUCUUAUCCAAGCUAUCCCUUGUCACCAACAGUGUCACUUGUUAAUGGCAGCCAUGUGGGACAACGACUAUAUAUCUCCAAUCAGGCCUCAUUCUUCUGAAGAAAAUCUGUAAACAUUAGUAUGAAAAUUACUUUGUGUAAAGCAUGCAAAGUAAACUACUGUUUUAUUUUAGAAUCGGGUUUGCACAUUUGGCUUUAAAAAUAAUACAUUCCAACAUACUAAACAGCAACUAUAGUUCAGAAUAACAGAGUUAUAGAAUUUAUUUUAAGAUGCAAUAUUUGAAAAGUUAUUCCAGGGUUUGCAAA